AUGUCGAGACAGUUUCCUUACUCGUCGGCCCCGCUUCGCGAGAUUAAGGAGGUCCAAUUUGGCCUCCUCAGUCCCGAAGAGACUCGGGCGAUCUCGGUGGCUAAAAUCGAGUUCCCUGAGACCAUGGACCCCGCCACAAAGAAGCCUCGUGAGGGUGGGUUGAACGACCCUCGGUUGGGACUGAUUGACCGUAAUUUCAAGUGUCAAACGUGUGGUGAGGAUAUGGCGGAAUGUCCCGGGCAUUUUGGUCACAUCGAACUUGCUAAACCAGUAUUCCACAUCGGCUAUAUUGCAAAAAUCAAAAAAACAUGUGAGCUGGUGUGUAUGCACUGUGGUAAGUUGUUGUUUGACGAACUGAACCAGGCGAUGGCUCAAGCCAUUCGUAUUCGCGACCCCAAGCGCCGGUUCAACGCAGUUUGGCUGGUUUGCAAAUCUAAAAUGGUGUGUGAAGCGGAUGUUGUUGACGAGAACAAUCCCGACUCAAUCGUUGGGCCUCGCCGGGGUGGGUGUGGUCACACCCAACCCACAAUCCGUAGAGACGGGCUCAAAUUGUGGGGGACAUGGAAGAGCAACAAGAACUUCGAUGAACUGGACCAACCGGAACGGCGGUUGUUGACUCCGGCAGAAAUUCUUAACGUGUUUAAGCACAUCUCACCCGAGGAUUGUCACAGGUUAGGGUUUAAUGAAGAUUAUGCCCGACCCGAGUGGAUGCUCAUCACGGUGUUGCCUGUGCCCCCUCCUCCUGUGAGACCGUCUAUUGCAUUCAAUGACACUGCUCGUGGUGAGGAUGAUUUGACGUUCAAGCUCGCGGAUGUUCUCAAAGCGAAUAUAAAUGUUCAGCGUUUGGAGAUGGAUGGGUCGCCGCAGCACGUUAUUGCCGAAUUCGAGGCGUUAUUGCAAUUUCACGUUGCUACCUAUAUGGAUAAUGAUAUUGCUGGUCAGCCGCAGGCGUUGCAAAAGACUGGUAGACCGAUCAAAUCUAUUCGCGCCAGACUCAAAGGUAAGGAAGGGAGAUUACGGGGUAACUUGAUGGGUAAGCGUGUGGACUUCAGUGCGCGUACUGUCAUUUCCGGUGACCCUAACUUGGAUUUGGAUCAGGUGGGGGUGCCAUUGCUGAUUGCUCGUACUCUUACGUAUCCUGAAAUUGUCACUCCCUAUAACAUCCACAGACUUACGGAGUAUGUCCGCAAUGGUCCUCAGGAACACCCUGGUGCCAAAUAUGUCAUCAGAGACACUGGUGACCGUAUUGAUUUACGGUACAAUCGCCGUGCGGGAGACAUUGCUCUUCAGUAUGGGUGGAAGGUUGAACGACACCUCAUGGAUGACGACCCUGUGUUGUUCAAUCGUCAACCCUCCUUGCAUAAGAUGUCCAUGAUGGGUCACAGAGUCAAGGUCAUGCCUUACUCAACUUUUCGUCUUAACCUUUCAGUCACGCUGCCUUAUAAUGCUGAUUUCGACGGUGACGAAAUGAAUUUGCACGUCCCUCAAUCACUGGAAACUAGAGCCGAAUUGCUGGAGAUCUGUGCCGUGCCGUUGCAAAUCGUCUCACCCCAAAAGCUGGCUCCUGUUAUGGGGAUUGUUCAGGAUACCCUUUGCGGUAUUCGUAAGAUGACUCUUCGUGAUAUCUUCAUUGAGUAUGAGCAAGUCAUGAACAUGGUGUAUUGGAUUCCCGACUGGGACGGGGUUAUUCCUCCACCCGCCGUGAUCAAGCCCAAGCCCUUGUGGACAGGGAAGCAAAUAUUGUCGAUGGCCAUUCCUAAGGGUAUUCACUUGCAACGUCUAGACGGUGACGGUGCUAGCGCGUUAUUGCUGCCCAAGGACAAGGGGAUGUUGAUCAUCGACGGUGAAAUUGUUUUGGGUGUUGUCGAUAAGAAGACCGUGGGUGCCCUGGAAGGGGGGUUAAUCCACGUUGUUUUCAGAGAAAAGGGUCCCUAUGUCUGUGCGCGACUCUUCGGUAAUAUCCAAAAAGUCGUCAACUAUUGGUUGUUGCAUAAUGGUUUCUCCAUCGGUAUUGGUGAUACCAUCGCUGAUAAGGACACCAUGAGACAAAUUACUGGGUUCAUUGCUGAUGCCAAGGUGAAGGUGGCUCAGAUCAUCAAGGAUGCCCACAAUAAUGAUUUGGAACCUCGUCCAGGUAUGACACUUCGUGAAUCCUUUGAAAACUCGGUGUCAGUUGUUCUUAACCAGGCUCGUGAUGAUGCUGGUAAAGCUUCAGAAGUGAACCUUAAGGAACUUAAUAACGUUAAGCAAAUGGUGGUUUCGGGUUCUAAGGGUUCAUACAUUAAUAUCUCGCAAAUGUCGGCUUGUGUUGGUCAACAAAUUGUUGAAGGUAAGCGUAUCCCUUUUGGGUUUUCUGACCGUACUUUACCCCACUUCACCAAAGACGAUUACUCUCCUGAACUGCGUGGGUUUGUGGAAAAUUCUUACUUGAGAGGUCUUACUCCGCAAGAGUUCUUCUUCCACGCUAUGGCUGGGCGUGAAGGUUUGAUUGAUACCGCUGUGAAAACUGCCGAAACUGGGUACAUUCAACGUCGGUUGGUCAAGGCCUUGGAGGAUAUCAUGGUUCACUAUGAUGGGACCACUCGUAACUCUUUAGGUGACAUUAUUCAAUUCCUUUAUGGUGAAGAUGGGAUGGAUGGUACUCAAGUGGAACGGCAGCUGUUGGACACAUUGCCUGGUACCACCAUGGCGUUUGAACGCCGUUACCGCAUUGACUUAUUGGAUCCGAAGUUGACUAUCUCUGAGCUGUUGUUGGAAUCGGGUAAGGACAUUCAAGGUGAUGUCAAACUUCAACAGGUCUUGGAUGAGGAGUACAAUCAACUUCAAAAGGACCGGGAUUACUUGCGGCGUGUGUGUUUCCCCAACGGGGAGUACGUGUGGCAAUUGCCUGUCAACAUUCGUCGUAUUAUCCAAAAUGCACAGCAAAAGUUCCACGGGGGCCGUCAACGCGCCCUGGACUUACGCUUGGACGAAAUUGUUCAACAAAUCAGUGACCUUUGUUCGAGGGUCACUGUCGUUCGUUCGAGUAAGGAUAACUCAACAUCUACUCAGCUGUUGGUUGAGGAGUCCCAACAGAACGCCACAUUGUUGUUCCAAUGUCUUGUGCGCUCGAGACUUGCCGCUCGGAGGGUGGUGGAAGAAUAUCGUCUUAACCGGUUAUCGCUUGAGUGGGUUAUCGGGGAAAUCGAAACUCAAUUCCAAAAGUCUCUUGUUCAUCCCGGUGAAAUGGUGGGUGUUAUCGCUGCUCAAUCUAUUGGGGAACCUGCAACUCAAAUGACCUUGAACACUUUCCAUUAUGCUGGUGUGUCCCUGAAGAACGUCACUUUGGGUGUUCCUCGUUUGAAGGAAAUUUUGAACGUUGCGAAGAAUAUCAAGACGCCUUCAUUGACGAUCUAUCUCGACAAAGACAUUGCUGCUGACAUUGAAAAGUCUAAAGUUGUACAAGCUGCCAUUGAGCAUACCAAUUUGCAAGGUGUCACCGCGUCAACUGAAAUCUAUUACGAUCCAGACCCCAGAACUACUGUUAUUCCCGAGGAUCUUGACACAGUUGAAGCUUACUUUGCCAUUCCUGAUGAAAAGGUGAAUCAGCUGCUCAGUCGUCAAUCACCUUGGUUGUUACGUUUGGAACUUGAUCGUGCCAAGAUGAUUGACAAGCAAUUGACCAUGUCUCAAGUUGCCGAGAAGAUCACUCAAAAUUUUGGUGACGAUUUGUUCGUGAUUUGGUCCGACGAUACUGCUGAUAAGUUGAUUAUCCGGUGUCGUGUGGUUCGUGAUCCCAAGCAAUUGGAUGAAGACACCGAUGCCGAGGAAGAUCAAAUCUUGAAGCGAAUCGAAGCACACAUGUUGGAGGAAAUUUCUCUUAGAGGUAUCAAGGGUAUUACCAGAGUGUUCUUGGCACAAGAAGAUGCCCCCAUUAUCAAGCCUACGGGUGAAUUUUCCAAGGAAAAGGAAUGGACUCUUGCCACUGACGGGGUCAAUUUGGCUGAAGUCAUGCAAGUGGAAGGCGUUGAUUACACGCGUGUCCGUUCCAACAAUUUCAUUGAGGUGUUGCAAGUUUUGGGUAUUGAAGCUUGUCGUGGUGCUUUGUUCAAGGAGUUGAAGGAUGUCAUUGAAUUUGGUGGUUCCAAGGUUAAUUACCGUCACAUGGCAUUGUUGAUUGAUGUUAUGACUUCGAGAGGUCACUUGAUGGCUAUUACCCGUCAUGGUAUCAACAGAGCUGAUACUGGUGCCUUGAUGAGAUGCUCAUUCGAAGAGACUGUUGAAAUUUUGUUGGAAGCCGGUGCUGCUGCAGAAUUGGAUGACUGUCGCGGCAUCUCUGAAAACGUUAUGCUUGGACAAAUGGCUCCACUCGGUACGGGUGCUUUUGAUGUUAUGGUUGAUGACAACAUGUUGCAAGAUGCUCCUGGUAUCAUUGAAGCUGGGGAAUAUGAGGAUGGUGGUGCCACGCCUUACCGCGACUAUGACUUGGAGGAUGACAAGAUUCAAUACGACGAUGGUGGUGCGUUCUCGCCGAUUCACACUGCUCAAGUGGGAGGUGAGUCUGGUGGGCUCACGUCUUACGGUGGUAUGCCUCUGUCCCCUGGUGGGGCCACUUCGCCGUUCAACUAUCCCACCUCGCCUCUGUUCCUGGGUGCAACUUCCCCUGGUUACGGGGGUAUUUCGUCGCCUUCGUACAGUCCUACGUCGCCUUCUUACAGUCCCACGUCUCCUUCAUACUCACCCACGAGUCCUCUGUACUCGCCGACGUCGCCAUCGUACUCCCCUACCAGUCCCCUGUACAGCCCGACUUCGCCCUCAUACAGUCCCACGUCUCCGUCGUACUCGCCGACGAGUCCUCUGUACAGCCCCACCUCCCCUCUGUAUUCGCCUACCAGUCCUCUGUACAGCCCGACAUCUCCGCUGUACAGCCCUACGUCGCCGUCGUACAGUCCCACGUCGCCUUCUUACAGUCCGACAUCUCCUCUGUACUCACCGACGUCGCCGUCUUACAGUCCUACGUCGCCUCUGUACAGCCCUACCAGUCCCUCGUACAGCCCCACUUCCCCGCUGUACUCUCCCACUUCGCCUUCGUACAGCCCGACGUCGCCCUCGUACAGCCCCACGUCACCACUGUACUCGCCUACGUCGCCGCUGUACUCGCCAACGUCGCCGCAGUAUUCGCCUACAUCCCCUCUGUACAGCCCUACUUCACCUCUGUACUCCCCAGGAUCUCCGCAAUACUCCCCUCCCGGAGAAGACGACGAUGAAAAGAAGGACUAA